AUGAAGUUCCAAUUCUGGGCAUUGCUUGCCCUAGUACCCGGUCUCGUCGAUUCUACCGCCAUUGGGUAUUCAACCACAACCCCUUCUACAGUCACCAACUCUUCAUUGAGUUUUGGAUCUCACUAUGCUGUCCUAAAUCUGGAUUUGGUCAACGCCGUAAUGGAAAUCAUCAACACAACCUCCCAAGGAAAAGCGUUCAUCAAGAACACAGCUAAGUGGAUUGACGCUGUUCACAAACAAUCCCCUCCUCCGAUCAGCAUCUUCAGUCGCGUAUAUGCUUCGAAUAGCCUUAUGCCUGAGAUCGCCCCUUCUGUACCAUUUUACAGCGCCAUUGCUACCAUCGGCAACCUCACAGAGUCUGACGUAGCGUCGCAACUCUACCCAGCAUUUAAGCCGUUGCCCGAUUACGAUGUUGUCCUUCAAAAAACACGUUAUUAUGCAGGGACAGGCAACACGCUAGUUCAGAUUCUGCGAAAUCAAAAUAUCGACACGGUUAUCCUGUCUGGUAUUCGAACAUCUGGUGUGAUGCUUGCGACCGCUAUGCGGCUUUUUGAUCUCGACUUCAAUGUGUAUGUUAUCGCGAACAACACUAUUGAGGUGGGAGAAGAUGCAGCCAAAGUCAACGAUGCGAUUUUGCAGGGCAUUCUUCCAAAGAUGCCACUCAAUGUCAUUACCAUUGAGCAGGCUAUCGAUGCUCUGUCUCGGUCAAAGGCAACAUACUACUAG